UUUUUUUUUACUUUCUUCUUUUUUGUUUACAUACACAUAUACAUAUCCACAAUGGCUACUUUUAAAUAUUGUUUAGAAUGCAAUAACUUAUUAUACCCAAGAGAAGAUAAAGCUCAACGAAAAUUAUUAUUUGCAUGUCGAAAUUGCUCAUAUAGUGAAGAAGCAGAAAAUCUUUGUGUUUAUCGACAUGAAAUUAUGCAUGGACCUUCAGAACAAACAAUGAUGUUGACUGAUUUGAGCACAGAUCCAACUCUUCCUCGUGCCAACAUUCAAUGCGCAAUUUGUGGCUAUCCAGAAGCUGUCUUCUUUCAAUCUUCUUCGAGACGUGCAGAUGCGAAAAUGACUUUAUUCUAUGUUUGUGGUAAUAGAGCUUGUGGUCACCGUUGGACAGAUUAAGAAUCACAGCAGCAUUCUCUCUUUUUUUUUUUUUUUUUUUUUU